CCCUUCACUCUCGCCCGCUCGUCGCAGAAGAGAAGCUCCGACGCGCCGCAGCAGCUAAACCCGCGGCCGAGCGACGAUGCUCAGAGUUCCCGUUCACCGGGGAAACAACGGGGACAAGAAGGACACCGGAGACGAGGCGACGCGUCGCUCCGUCGAGGCAGCGAGCGAGCGGAGGCCGAGUGUGUGUGUGUGAGUGUGUGUGUGUGUGUGUGUGUCCGCCCGCCGGGGAGCGUUCGCUGCCGUGGAGCUGGGCUCGGCCGGGCUCGGGCAGGGCGGGGGGGCGGGGUGAUGUUCAGGUUCCGGUAUAAAGGCAGCGAGAAGAACAUGGGAACCAGACGAGACGCGGACGCGGCGGCCGAGACGCUCGUUUCCCACCGGGCACUAGCAUGAGCAGCGUGUCGCCGAUCCGGUGCGACAGGGCGGCGGUGUAACCCGCCCGGGCAGGCGGGGAGAGAAGCGCGUCUCUGCGGACAUGAGGACGCUACUGACGCUCUGUUGUCUCCUCCUCAUCACCGGCGCCGCGGAGCGGGCGCGCGCCACCGGGAACCUGACGGUGGACGGCGGCGAGCGGACCAACGCGACGGCCGGCGGCUACAUCAGCAUCGGGGACGGGUCGUCGCAGGAGUUCGACUUCCCCGAAAGCACCAACGGAGUGAUCGUGAUCUCCAGCCUGUACCGGGGCCGCGGCGCCGGCAGGAGGGGCCGCCAGAGCCGGAAGCAGACGGUGCGCGUCCUCUCCAUGGACCCGGAGGUCCUCUCCAUCCUCAACGUCACCGACAGCGGCCACGCGGGCGGUCCCGCCCACAGCUACGUCAUCAGCAUCCGCUCCGGGGCGCCGGGCACCGCCCAGCUGCAGAUCCAGCUGCUGGACCUGGACCAGGACUCUGAGGUGCCGGUCCUGAUCGAGGAGAGGAUGGACUACUCCAUCAGGGUGGCGCCCGGCAGCGGCGACGACCCGGCCAGCCGCCUCGUGCAGUCGGGCGGCCUGUCCCACUUCUCGGAGAACCCGGUGCUCUUCGCCCUGCUGCCGCUCAUCUUCGUCAACAAGUGUGCCUUCGGAUGCAAGGUGGAGGUGGAGGUUCUGCGGGGCCUCCUGCGCAGCCCCGUGCCCCUGCUCCUCGGCGUGCUGGGACAGUUCCUGGUGAUGCCGCUGUACGGCUACGCCGUGUCCCGGCUGGCCGCGCUGCCCAAGGCGCUGUCCCUGGGCCUGGUCAUCACCUGCUCCGCCCCGGGCGGAGGGGGCGGUUACCUGUACAGCCUGCUGCUGGGCGGCGACGUCACCCUCGCCAUCUCCAUGACCCUGGUGUCCACGGUGGUGGCGGCGGCGGCCAUGCCGUUGUCCUCUGCGCUGUACGGCCGGCUGCUGGGCGUCCACGCCGCGCUGCACGUGCCCUUCGUGAAGAUCCUGGGCACCCUGCUGUUCAUCGCCAUCCCCAUCUCGCUGGGCAUGCUGGUCAAGCUGCGGCUGCCGGCGCUCACGCGCGUCCUGCUGGCGCUCAUACGACCCUUCAGCUUCGCGCUCAUCGUGGGCGGCAUCUUCAUGGCCUACCAGAUGGGCGCGUCCAUCUUGGCCAACGUCAGGCCCCAGAUCAUCGCCGUGGGCGUGACGGUGCCGCUGCUGGGGCUGGUGGUCGGCGCCGUCAUGGCCAAGCUGGCGGGCCUGGCGCCGCCGCAGCGGAAGACGGUCAGCAUCGAGGUGGGCGUCCAGAACAGCCUGCUGGCGCUCGCCGUCAUGCAGCUGUCCUUCCGCCGGGUGGAGGCCGACUUUGCGUCGCAGGCGCCGUUCAUCGUGGCGCUCAGCAGCACCUCGGAGAUGCUGCUCAUCGUGCUCGGAUACUUUGCCCGGCGGCGGUUCUGCGCUUCCGCCGCCCCCAGGAGUGACGCUUGAUUGUAGCCGCGCUCGUUUCGUUUUGAACAAAUCCUUUCUGACCCGAGGAACGACCCAACAAUCACCGGACAGCGAACGGACCCUUUGUGAUUCUUCUUCUUUUGUCGUCGGUUUCAUACUUUUCAUGAAAACCAAAAGGCCUUUGACCCCCCGAGACCUUUUCUGUGUUUGUUUUACACUACGUACUUUUUAAAAAUCAGAUUAUACUGUGAUGGUACGCAAUGUAAAUAUUCCUACCUGAGAGAAAUACAAAUAUAAAAAGAAAAAGAUAUUUUUCUACCAGAUUACUUUUUGUAAUCAAACAAAAGGAAGAAAAACAAAUUUGAUGAUUUGUAUCAUGUUUACAAAAAGGUCCAUGUGUCUUAGCCCCGGGUGGGGGGCGGGGCGUGGGGGAGGGGCGGGGCGUGGGGGAGGGGGAGGGGCGGGGCGACGGUAUCCGGGGGGGUAAAGUGGAAUCAUGUACGAAAUCCAAACGGGAACACGAUGAAUUGAAAGUGUUUAUAACUGAUUGUGUUUCCUGGAUUUUUAAUUAUCCAUGUACUUGAAUAUUAGAGAGAGGAAAUGAAGAGAUAACGGAAUAAAAAGAUAUAUUGUUGAA